CCAAAGUCUCUUUUCUUAGUCCAUAUAAUUCCAAAAUGGCUCUCUCAAGUACUCUGCCGCUGGCCGCAGCUAUCUUGGUUUCAUGUAUUGCCCAGAUUGCUGCAGCCCAGCAGCCUGGAACUAGCACUCCUGAAGUUCAUCCCAAGUUAACGACCUAUAAGUGCACAACGUCCGGAGGAUGUGUGGCCCAGGAUACCUCCGUCGUCCUUGAUUGGAACUACCGCUGGAUGCACGACAAGAACUUCAACUCGUGCACCGUCAACGGUGGUGUUAAUUCUACUCUCUGCCCCAAUGAAGCAACCUGUGGCGCCAAUUGCUUCAUCGAGGGCGUUGAUUAUGCCGCUUCAGGUGUCACGGUCUCGGGCAGCUCCCUCACCAUGAACCAAUACAUGCCCAGCAGCUCUGGUGGAUAUAACAGCGUAUCCCCUCGGCUUUAUCUCUUGGGGUCUGAUGGGAACUAUGAGACGCUGAAGUUGAACGGGCAAGAGCUGAGCUUUGAUGUCGACCUCUCAACUCUACCUUGUGGAGAAAAUGGAGCUCUUUAUCUCUCUGAAAUGGCCGCAAAUGGUGGUGCCAACCAGUACAACACAGCAGGCGCCAACUAUGGAAGCGGAUAUUGCGAUGCUCAAUGCCCUGUCCAGACCUGGAAGAAUGGUACUCUAAACACCGACCAUUCGGGCUACUGCUGUAACGAGAUGGAUAUCUUGGAGGCCAAUUCCAAGGCUAAUGCCUUCACCCCCCAUUCCUGUACGGCCACGGCCUGUGACUCUAGUGGUUGCGGCUUUAACCCUUACGCCAAUGGAUUCCACAACUACUGGGCCCCUGGAGGAACGCUUGAUACCUCCAAGGUCUUUACCAUCAUUACACAGUUCAACACGGACAACGGCUUGCCUUCCGGAAAUCUCGUGAGCAUCACACGAAAAUACAGGCAAAAUGGUGUUGACAUCCCGAGCGCUCAAUCCGGCGGUGACACUAUCUCGUCUUGUUCGUCAGCCUCAGCCUACGGCGGACUCACAACCAUGGGCCAGGCUCUGGCUCGCGGAAUGGUAUUGGUAUUCAGCAUCUGGAACGAUAACGGCGGAAACAUGAACUGGCUGGACAGCGGCAACAACGGCCCCUGCAGCAGCACGGAGGGCAACCCGGCCAACAUUGUAGCCAACAACCCGACCACUCAUGUCAUCUUUUCCAACAUUCGAUGGGGUGACAUCGGCUCGACUACCGGUUCCGGCGGCUCAACUCCUCCUCCUCCCAGCACAACCCUGAAAACCUCCACCACUUCAAGCAGGACGACUACCUCCAGUGCCCCAGGCUGCACCCAGACCCAUUGGGGCCAGUGCGGUGGUAAAGGCUACACUGGCUGCACCACUUGCACAGCAGGCACUACUUGCCAGUACAACAAUGACUGUUAG